AUGUACUAUAUUCAACCGUGGAUGCUUGCCGUAAUCAUUCCGCUUGCGUGCAUCAGAGAAGGUCAACAUUUAUUAUAUCAAUUACAUUUACUCAAUAAAAAAUCCUUUGCACAUAUUCGCUCAUCUAUUGGACUAUUUGGAUCUAGUGCUUUGUUAGCGUUUAGUCUUGAAUUUAGUGAAUUUCUCUUAGUUUCGAAUACAUCUUCCUUAACAUUGAGUGUAUCAGGAAUCUUCAAAGAAGUCGUGAUGCUGUAUUUAGCAGUUGAAUACAACAAUAAUGAGCUGAACAGAAUCAAUAUAAUUGGUCUUAUCAUAUGUCUUACUGGCAUAAUCUUCCACUGUAUUCUCAAGUUUUACAACAUACAAAAAGAAAAACCCGUCAUUGGUGAUUCGAUUGUCACUGAACGAUUGUUGUUGCAUCGAUUAGAAUCGACUGAUGAAUGGUCUUUGGACGGUGACAUGGUGAAUAUCCGCCGCACAAGUGUGAAUGAUUAA